AUGAAGAAUUUCCAAGUCCUCCUCAUCGCCGUACUGCUAGCAGUUGUCGGCAUCGCUUCCGCUGGACUAACCCCGCCUGCGGACGUUGCUGCAAACAAAGUCACCGCCUAUUUGUGGAACCAAGCUACCGAGGAAGGCCAUUUUGUCAACCGACUUCCUGCGGCAUUCGCUCAGCAACAAGGGGCUUGGGAAAACUUUCUGAGAACGGAAGGUCAGCCCAUCGUGGACAGACUCUUCGGUAUCGACGCGAGGUCGGACAAUGAUCGAAUUGAGCGAGCAAUGUAUCAAGGCAGAGGCAGGUUCCUGCGGGCCUUGAGCUUCGAAGAAGUCAACGCGCUCAAAUACCAGCAGAGAGUAUCGGAGCCUAGGAUGAAGGUGUCGCAAGAGCUGAUCAAAAGCUUCGCCGAGCAACAGGAAAAGUCGGCCUGGGGAAGGUCGCUGAGCCUAGGAAGAGGUGAAUCCAGCACAGGCGGGUUUUAG